GUUGUUGCUGGUACCGAUACUGAUGGGAGUACUCGUACUCCAGUUGCUGCUGUUACUGUGGCUAAAGUGGCUGUUAGCUGUUAGCUGCUGAGCUGUCGCUGUCGCUGUCACUGCCUGUUGACUGUAGUUGAUUGUUGGCUGACGGCGAUUCGUUUACGUCAGAGUUACAGACUGCGAUUAUUUAAGGAAGCUCUGGGCAAAAGUCUAAACUUACACUUAUUGCAUGCAUUAAUAAACUCAAGUAAAUAAAUCAAGUGUAUAAAUUGUGAUUUAAUCCAAACAAAAAAAAAACAAACAAACAAAAAAGUGGAAUACAGCUGACAAAAUGGAGACACCGACGACGCCAGACUUGAAUCGAGGAGAUGCAUCCAGAAAGAGCGUUCGUCUCUAUGCAGCACGCAAGGGAUUGGCGCCAGCACCGCCCAAACUAAGCCUGGCCAAUAGCAGCGUCAGCAAUACCAGCAACAACAGCAGCAGCAGCAGCAACAACAAUACGAGCAAUACAAAUAAAAACAUUAAAGAUAGCGCACAUCUUGCCAGCAGCAGCUCAUCAUCAUCACCAACAUCAACAUCAUCAUCAGCAUCAGCAAAAGCCAAAACAAAAGCUCUCGAUCUCAGUGAUGCACAACAUGUGGACUACGAUGAGCUUGUGGAGUUGCGCCGCCCUGGAGAUGUUGUUGCUGUGCCACCGCCCAGGGUUGCAGUAUCCGCAAUUCCGGCCCUGCAUUUACCGAACCACCAAAGGCAACUGAAACCGGCGGCAGCUGCUCCACGGGUUCAAAUGUCUGCUGAGGAUGAUGUGGGCGUGGCCUUUGCCCUGGGCUCCAUUGAGAAGCACAUUAUGAAUGUGGAGGAGAGCUUUAAGCAACAGCAGCGGACGGAGACGGAGAUAAAGAUGGAGAAUCAACAGCAACAAAGUCAAUCCUCCAUGGAUGUGAUGAAAAUUGAGGGCAUGCGGAAGCAGAGCAAACGUUACGGCGAAACGGAGAAUCUGUUGCGUCCCGGCAUCAGUGACAUGUCUUCCGAGAAUGAUUUUCAGUAUCUGGGCGGCAGACGCUCCCAAUUGGACGACAGCAAUGAGCAAAUGUUGAACGAGUUUCAGCGCGGCAGCGACGGACGCAAUUCCAUUGGCGCCUACUCCAAGAACUCGGCCACGGCAACAGCGGCCUCUGGUGCAUUGAAAGCCAAGUUGGCACGCACUGCAUCCGACACGAAGAACACGGACACAGUGCUCGCAAUGCGUGCCACAUUGAAACAGAAGCAGGCACAUCACGAUCACGUCAAGCCACAAACCGGCGGAUGGCGUCCAUCCUCAUCCUCAACAGCAGCGGGAGCAGCAGCUCCAACGCCCGCAGCGAGAAGCACAACGGCCAGAGGGGGGAGCAGCAGCUCAAGUGUUGUGGAUGGAGGAUCUGCAUCCAAGCUGACGGCCACCACAAUAUCAGCAGCCAAGCGGCGGGAGGAGAAUCUGCGUCAAUUUGAAGCGCUUCUGGCUCAAAAGUCAUCGCAUUCGCAUCGUAAUACAGCUGCCAAUUCAAGUGGAGCAAGUGGUGCUAGUGGUGCCAGUGGUGCUGCAUCCAAGCGACGUUCGGAGCGACCUAUUGUGGCUCCCAUACCGCCGUACAAUAACUCGACACGCCCUGAAACUGGGCGUUCCACUGCAGAAGCCAAGUCUGGCGCUGCUGGACAUCAUCGGGCUGGAGCUGCUCCGGCUCCGGCUCCUGCCUCUGCUCCUGCUCCUGCUCAUAACGUGGUUGUCACACGUACCAAUGUAUACGGCAACAGUGUGGCACAGGGAUCUCCGAAUCUACAGAUGCGAAGCAGUGCUCCAAUGCGAUGGCGUGCCACUGAGGAGCAUAUCGGAAAAUAUAAACUCAUCAAGACCAUUGGCAAGGGUAACUUUGCCAAAGUGAAGCUGGCCAAGCAUUUGCCCACGGGCAAGGAGGUGGCAAUAAAGAUAAUUGACAAGACCCAACUUAAUCCUGGGUCACUUCAAAAACUCUUCAGAGAGGUUAGAAUAAUGAAAAUGCUUGAUCACCCCAACAUUGUGAAACUGUUUCAAGUUAUCGAAACGGAAAAGACGUUGUAUCUCAUCAUGGAAUACGCAUCGGGUGGCGAGGUCUUUGACUAUCUGGUUCUACAUGGUCGCAUGAAGGAGAAGGAGGCGCGUGUCAAAUUUCGUCAAAUUGUAUCGGCUGUGCAAUACUGUCACCAGAAGAGAAUAAUACACAGGGACUUAAAAGCUGAAAACUUAUUACUAGACAGCGAAUUGAAUAUUAAAAUAGCUGAUUUUGGUUUUUCGAACGAGUUUACACCUGGCUCCAAGCUAGACACAUUCUGUGGCAGUCCACCGUAUGCGGCGCCCGAGCUCUUCCAGGGUAAGAAGUAUGAUGGACCCGAGGUGGAUGUCUGGUCAUUGGGUGUCAUUUUGUAUACAUUGGUGAGCGGAUCCCUGCCUUUCGAUGGUUCCACUUUGCGAGAGCUGCGUGAACGUGUACUCAGAGGCAAAUAUAGAAUUCCCUUCUAUAUGUCAACUGAUUGCGAAAAUUUGCUGCGCAAGUUUCUAGUACUGAAUCCCGCUAAACGUGCUAGUCUUGAAACAAUCAUGGGCGAUAAAUGGAUGAAUAUGGGGUUUGAAGAGGACGAACUCAAGCCGUAUAUUGAGCCAAAACAAGAUUUAGCCGAUCCCAAGAGGAUAGGUAAGACGGAAGCUCUAGUCGCAAUGGGCUAUAAUCGACAGGAAAUUGCCGAGUCGCUGGCCCAGGUGCGUUAUGAUGAUGUCUUUGCCACGUAUUUGUUGCUGGGCCGUAAGAGCACUGAUCCUGAGAGCGAUGGAUCGCGAUCUGGAUCAUCGCUUUCACUGCGCAAUAUACCCGGCAAUGAGGCUGGAGGCAAUGCUGGAAAUGCGGUUGUGCAAAGUCCUACGCAUCGUGGCGUACACAGAAGUAUAUCGGCGUCGAGCACGAAGCCAAGUCGUCGAGCGUCGUCCGGUGCGGAAACGUUACGUGUUGGACCCACAAAUGCAACUACAGCUGUCACGGCUGCAGCGGGGGGCGGGGUUGGAUCUGUGGUCAACCCGAGCAAUAAUUAUAGUACUGUAGGAACAGCUGCGGAUCGUGCAUCAGUUGGCAGCAAUUUCAAGCGUCAAAAUACCAUCGACUCAGCCACAAUUAAGGAGAACACGGCGAGACUUGCCGCACAGAAUCAGAGGCCAGCGUCGGCCACCCAAAAGAUGCUUACCACAACAGACACAUCGCUGAAUAGUCCAGCCAAGCCGCGCACAACCACCAAGUAUGAUCCCACUAAUGGUAAUCGGACAGUAAGCGGCACAAGCGGCAUUAUACCACGUCGUUCAACCACACUGUAUGAAAAGACUUCAUCGACGGAGAAAACCAAUGUUAUUCCUGCAGAGACAAACAGUGGAUCUGCAGCUAACGCUGGAAAGGGCCACACUAAAAGCGCGUCUGUCUCAAGCCCUAGACCAUCCACAGACGGAUGCGUAUCAGUAUCAAUUGACCCCCUUGGAACGAGACACUUUCCAAGGAAUGUUCCAUCACGUUCAACCUUUCACUCUGGUCAAACCAGGGCACGAAACAAUACAGCGCUGGAAUACUCUGGUACAAGUGGCACCUCCGGGGAUUCACCUCAUCCCGGCCGCAUGAGUUUUUUUUCGAAACUUUCCUCACGUUUUAGCAAACGUACAUCCGCAACGGAAGAGGCAGCUAAACCAAGAGUCCUUCGAUUCACAUGGUCCAUGAAGACAACGUCGCCCCUGAUGCCCGAUCAGAUAAUGCAGAAGAUACGCGAAGUUCUCGAUCAAAAUAACUGCGAUUAUGAGCAGCGGGAACGAUUUGUUCUUUGGUGUGUGCAUGGCGAUCCCAAUACAGAUUCGUUGGUUCAAUGGGAGAUUGAGGUCUGCAAGUUGCCGCGUCUAUCUUUGAACGGAGUUCGCUUCAAACGCAUUUCUGGUACUAGCAUUGGCUUCAAGAACAUUGCGUCUCGCAUUGCUUUUGACCUUCGUCUGUGACUUAACAAAUCAACAAACGAGGGCUUCCCAGCUGUUAGCACCACCACGAACACCGACACCACCGACAGCGAUAUGAAAACCACCUCCACUGCCAAAUAUCAAAUGGCCAGCGGCAGUACAAAGCUGUCGGAACAAUUAUUGCCACGUUGGUCUUUAAAUCGCCAUCAGAGAUCGAAUCGAUUUAAGCAGAAAAAGAAGGCCAACGUGCUAAGAUCGGCUUUUCAAAUCUAUUUGCCCUUCAGGUCGAGGGAGAAUAUACAAUCGCAUAAGAAUUUCCGAUCAGUCGACAAUGAGGAACAGGAUGAGGAUGAAGAUGCGGAAAUAAAUCGAAUAUUGGAGGAGGAUGACGAUGAUUCGACUGAUCUUUCCACAACCAUUAAAGUACUCAACAAAACCGAUGGACGUGGAGAUGGAGGUGAAGAUGGAGGUGAAGCUGAAGGUGGUGUAAGCGGUGUAAAAUCAAGAAGCGGGGAAAAUCGAUUUAAAAGGAACAUCAAGAAUACAAGAAGUUUAAUUGUGCGCAAAUUUACAAGCUCCAGGCGAUACGAGACAAAGGACUCCGAGGACAUGAAGGAGAAGAGGGAGAAGAGAGAAGAGCAGACGGCAGAAUGUGUCAAUGUUAUAUAUAAGGAUAAACCAAACACCAAACAGCAACAACAACAACAAGAAAACGAAAAGAAUGUAGUAAUGUUACGAACCACAACUCUCUAAAUACAAUACAUAAUAUAUAUUAAUUAGUUGGGGGCGUGGCAUUUGUAACAUGACAUCGGACACAUCCAACUUUGUUUAUACUUGGCUUCAAUCAUAGCGUCACACAGAUACAAACACACCACACACACACAAACACAUAAAUAUACAACAACACUUUAGCAUAGAAUCUCAAGUAAAAAUUAAAUGUUUUACAUUUAUUCAUUGAUCUAUCGCAUAUAUUGAAUAUAUAUAUAAAACUUAUAAUAACAACAACAACAAAGCAAAGCAAAGCAGACAGAAAUUAUCCAAUUUAAGUACAUAAGCACCAUGAUCACAUAAAUGCAUACAUACAUAACAUAUGAAUCUAUUAUCAUAUGAAACACUUAAAUCUAUAUAUAAUCGUUAAGUGCUAGACAGUGUAGGCGUGAGGCACACCGUUUUAAUUCAAUAAAAAAUUAAAAGAAACAAACGAGAAA